AUGCCAGGAGGUGUGGAGGGGAAAUGACCUGCUGCUCCUCCACUCACGCAUCCUAAACCACUAAUAAAGCCACUCUUUUAUUUUUUAAAGUGUUUUUGUUGUGUUCUCGACAGCUGAACAUCUGAAGCCAUUCUUAAAGGUCUUCAUCUUGCAGUAAAUAAGCAGAAGAGUCGACACAACUAUGCUGGCAGAAGUCUCUUGAAAUGGUUUCAGCCUCAGGAUGGACUUCAAAAGAACUUUGUGACAAACAAUGUUUUGGCAUAAAACCUAGCCAAGGCUUGAACCUGUAUGUGUACAAGGGUCCAGAAUGUUUGUAUGUUUCCGGCGGAUCAGAAAAUGCCGACAGCUGCUGAUGAUGUUCUUUGUCUUGUCAGUGAUCAAGAUGUACUGGGAAAGUUUUGACCAUGUAACAGAUCAUGUCAAGUCCUACUCCUUGCGUAUGCUCAACAGCUUGGACUUUAUAAAUGCUAACCUAACGAUUAGUCACGAGGAGGCGCGCAAAUUCAGCAACCACCGUUAUUUGAUAAAUCACGAAGAGAAAUGUGUCAAUGAAGAUGUGCUGCUCUUGCUGUUUGUAAAAAGCUCACCAGAGAACUUUGAAAGGAGGCAGGCCAUUCGGUCCUUGUGGGGCAACGAGGUCUACAUCAAGAAGAAUCUUGAUGUGACUGUGAGAGUGGUGUUUGCUCUUGGCGUCCACCCUCAACCAAUGAAUAGGAAGAAGCUUCAGCAAAAGUUGCUUUGGGAAGACCAGUUAUACCAGGACCUAAUUCAGCAGGACUUUAUCGAUACCUUUCACAACCUCACAAUCAAGCUUCUCCUCCAGCUUCGCUGGACACAUGCCUACUGCAACCACGCCCGCUUUUUCAUGUCUGCAGACGACGACAUCUUUGUCCACAUGCCCAACCUGAUCCGCUACCUACAGGAGGUCAACCGGAGCGGUGUCAAGGACUUUUGGAUCGGCAAAGUACAUCGAGGUGCUCCACCCAUCCGUAGGAAAGACAGCAAGUACCAUGUAUCUUAUGAGAUGUACCCUUGGCUUCUCUAUCCUGAUUACACCCCUGGAGCCGGUUAUGUUCUCUCCAGAGACGUGGCUUCUAGAGUCUACCAAGCUUCUCUCACCUUAAAUGCCUCUCUUUAUAUCGAUGAUGUCUUUAUGGGCAUUUGCGCCAGUGCAGCGGGGAUCUCGCCCCAAGAACACGUCUUCUUCUCGGGAGAGGGUAGGGCUCCUAACCACGUCUGCAUCUACAACCAAAUGAUGACAUCACACGGACAUGUCAAGGACUUGCGCGAAUUGUGGAAACAUGCAACAGAUCCUGAGGUGCAGCAGGUUUCCUCGGGAUUUUUUGGAAAGCUGUACUGCACCAUCACCAAAAUCAGACUGCUUUGUAUAUUACACACUUCAAAAACCUACCCAUGUAAGGCAGCCUUUUCAUAGGGCCUAGACCAGUAUGAAAUCCCUUUUUUCAGCCUCCUCUUCCUUUAUGUUUUCGACCAACACCUUUGUGCUAGGAAGAGAUCUGUAUACUGUAUUUGUCAGUUUAACGUUCAGGGCUUGGAAGCAUCUUGAAAUUAUUAUUAGUGAAACUACUUAAAAAAAAAACCCUCCUUACACCUUACUCACAAUUCAACUUGUUUAUUCCUUUGCAGCCUGUGUCUUGUUUCUUAAACAUGCUACUGUAGUUGCAUCUUUCUUUUUUCAAACUCCUUGAGAGAAACCAACAAUACUCGAGACUCUUUGAGUCUCUUGGAAACACCCAUACAUAUCUGGUUCUUUCCCAAACUAUUGCUGCAAAGGUCUAUAGAAUUUCCCUUCACUGGAACCAAGAGGCCCAAAAUGCUCCUGUGCGACAAUGCACCUGUGCACAAAGCAAACUCCAUGAAAACAUGGUGUGCUAAGGUUGGAGUGGAAAAGCCCUGACUGAACUCGACCCCACUAAACACCUUUAAGAUGAACUGCACCCAACAUCAGAGCCUGACUUCACUAAUUAACACACAUCCCCACUCCAAAUUCUAGUGGAAAGCCUUCCCAGAUCUCCGAGUGGAGCUGCUUAUAACAGCAAAAUGAGGAUUGUAGCUGGACUGAGAUGUUCAACAAACACACAUUGCCCAUGUAGUGUACCAUGAACCAUUUUGAGCCCUCGUGUAUGAAAUUUUCCAGAAUUUCGAUAGUUUUUAAGUUGACCUCAAGCUUCCAUUUGGCAGCAGUGGAAGUUGAAGCGUUAUUCUAUUUGAAGCAAUAGAAUAGGCUGUGGUUUGUAUGCGACUGCUGAAAACUCAUGCUCAGAGGUGAUUUCAUUCCACAUAUUGGUGCAGAGAACUGCCACAGACCUUGGGUCUGAAUGACACCACCACGUUGCCAAGAAAUCAGAUUCCCAUUAUGAGCCCUCGUCACUUUUUUUUUUUUUUGUAGCAGCUGUGUAUGAAGGUCUUAUUUUUGUUACGUUAUACGCAUCCACUAGCUUAGCAGUAACCCCCCUCCAAAAAAAAAAGGGAACUUCCAUGAGUAAGAUUUCGCAUGAAACAUUUUUGGGAAGUGGUGAUUGACCAAUUUUUUUUUUUUUUUUAAACGUUCAAAAUUUUCUAGAAGUAGGCAUCCACCUUCACCUUUCCAAUUUCUGCACUACUGUUUCCACGUUUGUCUUGAAGUCUCUGUUUUUGUCCAUCUGAAAUAAAUGAAAGUGUCCAGUGGGGUGCUGGGUUAUGAUGCAAUGAUGAUGCUUCUGUCUUUCAUGUGUAGAUCGACGGGUUCCUCUGUAGAAAGUCGACAUGAAUUUGCAAAGCUAUUUCGCACACCAUCAGUCAGACAUUUUUCGUUUGAUUUACACCAGGUGUUCCCACAGCUUUUAGGCAGAUUUUAAGUGAUCUCAAAACCUGCCGUUUUCUUAAAUGAAUGGUUCAAAAUCGAGGGUUUGUAUGUUGUAUACAUAUUCAAUAAA